UACAGAUCUCCCCUCGUUCGCGUCUUAGUCCGUUUUGUCUUAUUUCUUCUAUGGUCGUAUUUUUUGUUUCUGUGACUGGUUUUAAUUAUUUUUGGCUUUUUUUCCCCCGAAAUAGACUCGGCGCGCUGGACUGGAUUACUCGAUUGAUGAUUCAUCGGUCUAGCUAUUGGUCCUUCAGUGUUCCUCCCUGCUGCUGUUCUGAAAAUCCGGGCCUGUUUAUUUCGCUGCCACUUGCGUUUUUGGACCGAUCCUCGUGCAUGCGGCCCUAAAGCCCCUCCUCAAGCAUCAUGCAGCCUACACCGUCAACUCCCCGGCAGACCGCCCCCAGCCCUAGCAAGCGCUCUGUUCACAACGGCCGAGGUGCGGACGCCAAUUCGGGAACACCUCGUGCCUCUGUCAACCUGGAGGCUUCCCGGCCGGGCAUGAAGCCGGAUGAUGGUACAGCGAGCAGAGCAGGAACGCCCAAGUCUACCAAGCGGCGAAAACCCCGUCAUCGGAAACGCCGUAAUCGCCGGCAGUCGUUCCUCGGUGCAGAAGAUUCCCACCCUGGCGCGGCUGGAUCGUCGGUCGCUGAUCCUGAGGAUCUGAGCAUGAUGGCAGCAGGGCAGACCAACGCGCAGGUACCCUUACCCUUCUACAACCUGAGGCGGGAUCUCAGCAGCACGAGCCUUGAGAGCGAGGCCUUGCUGGAUCAUCGUAAUCAACCUUCUAUGCGGCCUCGGAGAGACAGCCGCCUUGGGCAGUCGUUUCGGCCGGGAUCGCUCUCGACUCCUUAUCGACUUGCUGGUGAGGCCGGUUCCCGCGGUCUAUCGUCGAGGGGGAAGUCCUUUCGGACAGGGGAGGACAGCGGUGGAGAAGAUGUGAAUGAUCGAACGCCAUUAAUCCCGCCAUCCUCGGCCCAUAGCCCUACGGUUCCCCGAUAUGGGACGGAUUCCAAGUCCAGUCCGUUCUCCUUUCGUCAACGGCGUUCUUCGGGCCAGUCUGGCUCGUCGCGAUGCUCGCCCCGAGCGAUCCCGAGUCCUGGCCUCGUGGAGCAUGAUCGUGACUACGAUAUCAACAAUCCCCCGUCCAUGCCCACCUCGCCCAAAUUGGGGCCGGAGAUGAACUACGACGAUGCGGUGGUUACGGGGGCGGAAUUCGACUUCAUGCUGGCCAAAUCCAUCGACAAUCGCAUGGAGAAUCUGGCUCGUUCACACGAUGUGCUGAUUGAUGUGGAUGCUGGAGGGGCCAAGGGACCCCAGCCGUCCAUGGGAUCCUCGCCUCCUUCGCCGCACAUGGCUCCUCAUGAGGGCCUCCGGCGCCGGAAAACCAUGCCCGCAGAGGAAGAUGUCUGCUUCCCAACGGAAGCAGCAUCGGAACUCGCUGACGAGGACGAGCUGCGGGCGCCCCGGGAAGACCACCGUCGACGACGGCGCCACCGGGAAUGGCCCGAACUGUCCGUCCUAGAUGAAUGGAGCCGGCAAGAGAAGGAGGAGCGGUCCGGGGCUCUGCGUGCCAAGACAAUCAGCGAGCCGAUGCUCGUUGAGGGUCGUCUUCGCCCUCAGUAUCGACUCUGGCGCCGGGAAGAGGAGGAAGCGCCCUACCGAUUCACUUACUUCAACGAGGAGUUCCAGAGCACCAUCCACGCGCAGACUAUCUCCGAGUUGGUACAGCCGGGUGGUAGCUUCCGCGAGUUGUUCAUUCCCGACCCACCCGAGCUGGAAGUCUCAUCUGACGAGGAUGAGAGCGAGCCGGAAGACCACCACGGGGAAGAGGCUCUAGGCAAUAACCAUGGUAGUCGCCAAGGCAGCCAUCCUGGUACUGGACACAAUGACGCUAAUCGGACAGGAUAUUUCAAUCCGGCCAAUCACAGCGGUGAUGUCAAUAAUAACAAUCAUAACAACCACACUCCCAAACAACAUCCACGGAUGUCGGUGAUCAGCGAGGCCGUCUCGGAGGCUCGAACGUCAACGGACGUCUCCCCUUCCCGGAAGCAGAGCCAACCGAGACCUAAGCGCUACGGGCCCCGGCCAACCUUCUGGCUCGAUGUGCUGUCCCCGACCGAUACCGAAAUGCGGGUACUUGCCAAGGCCUUUGGCAUCCACGCGCUGACAACAGAAGAUAUCAUGAUGCAAGAGGCGCGCGAGAAGGUGGAGUUGUUCCGGAACUACUACUUUGUCAACUACCGGACCUUCGAACAAGACCCGAACAGCGAGAACUACCUCCAGCCCGUCAACAUGUACGUGGUCGUUUUCCGCGAGGGGGUGCUCUCCUUCCACUUUUCGCAGACGCCUCACCCGGCGAAUGUGCGGCGGCGCAUCCGGCAAUUGAUGGACUACCUGAUUCUGAGCUCGGAUUGGAUCUCCUAUGCGCUGAUUGACGACAUCACCGAUGUGUUCGGGCCCUUGAUCCAGGCCAUUGAGGAUGAGGUCGACGAGAUCGACGAGAAGAUCAUGCAGAUGCAUUCCGAUGAGCGCGGGCUUGUGUCGAACACCAAAGACGACGAGAAGGACAGCGUCUCCACCUCGUUGGCGCCCGGCGAGAUGCUCCGGCGCGUGGGGGUUUGCCGCAAGAAGGUCAUGGGGAUGUAUCGACUGCUGAGCAACAAGGCAGAUGUGGUCAAGGGGUUUGCCAAACGGUGUAACGAACAGUGGGAGGUGGCGCCCAAGUCGGAAAUCGGCCUGUACCUGGGCGAUAUUCAGGAUCAUAUUAUGACGAUGACGAGCAGUCUGACCUACUAUGAGACGCUUUUGUCGCGGGCGCAUUCGAACUACUUGGCGCAGAUCAACGUUCUCAUGAACGAACGGCAAGAACAGACCGCCGAUGUGCUGGGGAAGCUGACGGUGCUGGGAACGAUCGUCCUGCCACUGAACAUCAUCUGUGGUAUGUGGGGGAUGAACGUCAAGGUACCGGGGCAGGAUGUAGACAGCCUGACCUGGUUCUGGUCUAUUACCGGGGGAUUAAUUCUGUUUGCUUUCGCAUCAUUCUACAUUGCCAAGCGCGUGUAUGGGAUUGUAUAGAGUUGCUUUUGGGGCGAGGGGGGGAGUUAACUGUAUUGUGUGUUGGCGGCGUCCUUCUGGACAGCUUCUCUGGAGUAAGAUCGGAGGGAAGGAAGGGAGACUCGUGACAGGUGGGGGAGGGGGGGAUUUACGGGUCCAUCGUGUGAUACUGCUGCUGUCAUUCUUUAUCAUUCUUAAUGUUGGAAUCAUUCCUGGUCUCGAGGAUGAUCCUAUUGUUGCAGUAC